CGCUUUCAGUACAAUGCGGUUCGAAUCCUUAAUUCGGUUCGAAGCUCUAGAACCGUGCGAGGGCCUGGUGCCGACAAUGCUCACCGAUUCUUCCUUCUGUCCAAUCACAUGAUACUACUUCAUACCCACCGUUUCUAGUCGAUUCCUUCGCUCUUUAACCGGAACUGGUUCCAAUCUAGCUUUUGCAAUCAUGGAAACCUGCAGGAAAGCUAAGCUUGCCAUCGGUGCCUUUCGAAGCUUGGCUUCCAAGUUUAUUUCCAGACCUUCAGUUCAAGAGUCAACUUCGAGAUUCCACCCAAAUGGUUCUUCACUUUCUUCCUCAAAUCCAUCUAAAUUUUCUGGGUUCUAUCCAAAUUCUUCUGUUUUUCGUAGAUUAGGACUAGGUUUCCAAAUGGGUACGAGGAGAUUACAUCCAAAUCCAUUUCUUGGUGGUGCUCAGAGAUUUUAUUAUGUAGAUAGGUAUCAGGUUUACCAUUUUAAGCCCAGAGGCCCGAGACGAUGGUUUCAGAAUCCAAGAAGCUUGUUGAUUAUCGUUUUGGUGGGUUCUGGUGUUUUCAUCACUGUCUAUUUCGGUAAUUUGGAGACCGUACCUUACACAAAACGAAAACAUUUUGUGCUUUUGUCUAAAACUUUAGAGAGAAAGAUCGGUGAGAACCAGUUCGAGCAAAUGAAAGCGGCAUUUAAAGGCAAAAUUCUGCCCGCAAUACACCCAGAGAGCGUGAGGGUUCGUUUAAUUUCAAAAGACAUAAUUGAGGCUUUGCAAAGGGGGUUAAGCCAGGAGCGAGUGUGGAGCGAUUUGGGGUAUGCUUCGUCGGACAGCGAUAUAGCACAUGAGGGAAGCACACACGAGACGUUGAGGGCAUUGAUUGAGACCGAAGGGAAUGUUGAGACAAAAUGGCAUAAAGAAGAUGAGAUCCUUGAUGAUAGUUGGGUUCAACAGAGUAGAAAGAAAAAGAGAGGAUCAAGAGCAGAAACUUCGCAUUUGGAUGGAUUGAAUUGGGAGGUUUUGGUUGUUGAUGAACCUGUUGUUAAUGCUUUCUGUUUGCCUGGUGGGAAGAUUGUUGUGUUUACAGGGUUGUUUGAUCACUUUAAAACUGAUGCAGAGAUUGCAACCAUUAUUGGGCAUGAGGUUGGGCAUGCUGUGGCAAGACAUGCAGCAGAAGGGAUCACCAAGAAUUUGUGGUUUGCCAUCUUGCAACUUAUUCUUUAUCAGUUUGUUAUGCCUGACGUUGUCAACACAAUGUCAACUCUAUUCCUGAGACUUCCUUUCUCCCGGAGGAUGGAAAUAGAGGCAGAUUACAUUGGUCUAUUGUUGAUGGCUUCUGCUGGAUAUGAUCCUCGAGUUGCACCUAGAGUGUAUGAGAAAUUGGGGAAGGUCACUGGUGAUUCAGCACUGAGAGAUUAUCUAUCUACUCAUCCAUCUGGAAAGAAGAGAUCUCAGCUGCUGGCUCAAGCUAACGUUAUGGAGGAAGCACUUACCAUCUACAGGGAAACAAUAUCUGGAAAAGGGAUUGAAGGAUUUUUUCUUUAGAGCACUACCAAACUCCCAGUCAUCGGGUAAUCACCAUAUGCAGCUACUCAACUUUAGGAGUAAAUUUUUUUUAUAAAACUCGUUGAAUUUUAAUUUAAUUUUAUAAAAGUUAUUAUGACAGGAAAUUAAAGGUUUUAAAAUUAACUUGUUGACCUGUCAACUGUUUUAUGAAUAAAAUUAUAUAAUUAGUAA